AUGGCGCUGCCCAAGCGAAUCAUCAAGGAGACCGAGCGCCUGGUCAACGAGCCUGUGCAAGGCAUCAGCGCGACACCCCACGAUGACAACCUCCGGUACUUCGAUGUCACCAUCGACGGCCCCAGCCAGUCUCCUUAUGAAGGCAUCCUGAUAGGCGGCGUUUUCAAGCUUGAACUCUUCCUCCCAGACGACUACCCCAUGACCCCACCCAAGGUCCGCUUUCUCACCAAGAUCUACCACCCAAACAUCGACCGUCUGGGGCGCAUCUGCCUGGACGUCUUGAAGAGCAACUGGUCGCCCGCGCUCCAGAUCCGUACCAUCCUACUGUCUAUCCAGGCUCUCUUGGGCGCGCCCAACCCGGACGACCCCCUCGCGAACGACGUUGCGCAGGCAUGGAAGGAGAACCAGGCACAAGCUAUUCAGACAGCUCAGGAGUGGACACAGCAGUAUGCGAAGCCAUGA